GGAACCGGCCGGGGCGGGGCGAGGAAGCGGGUGGCCGCGCGGGUCGCUGAGGCUGCGGCUGUACCAGGACCCUGGUGCUUCCGUCCGUCUGUCCGUCCGUCCACCCGCCCAGCCAUGGCUGCUCCGACCCCCGCGCCACGGAUCCUGUUACUGGUGCUGUUGCUGCUACCGCCGCCUCCGGGUGCCCACGGUGAGGUGUGUACGGCUUCCCGUGGACGCAGCCUUUUCCCCGAGUUCUGUCCUGAUUUCUGCUGCGGCACCUGUUAUGACCAGUACUGCUGCUCUGACGUGCUGAAGAAAUUUGUGUGGAACGAGGAACGGUGUGCUGUUCCUGAGGCCAGUGGGCCCACCGACAUGGAGCCACUGGAGCAGCUGGGCUCGCCACUGAGGUUUCGCUCCGGCUUGGACAGCGACCCCAUGUCAGGGUUCGGGGCGACUGUAGCUGUUGGCCUGACCAUCUUUGUGCUCUCUGUUGUCACCAUUAUCAUCUGCUUCACCUGCUCCUGCUGCUGCUUGUACAAGAUGUGCCGCCGACCACGUCCGGUUGUGACCACCACCACGGCCACCACUGUGGUGCACGCCCCUUACCCGCAGCCCCCAAGUGUGCCACCCAGCUACCCUGGACCGACCUACCAGGGCUACCACCCCAUGCCCCCCCAGCCAGGGAUGCCUGCAGCACCAUACCCGACGCAGUACCCACCACCCUACCCAGCCCAGCCCAUGGGCCCUCCGGCCUACCAUGAGACGUUGGCUGGAGGUGCCGCCACACCCUACUCUGCCAGCCAGCCUCCUUACAACCCGGCUUACAUGGACCCCCCGAAGGCAGCCCCCUGAGCAUGCCCCUGCAUCUCUGACUGCCACUUGAUAUGUCAUGUGUGUGCAUGGGUAUGCAGGCAUGGUCCUUCUCUCCCCGUGCGUAGUGUGUGUGUGUCCUGUUUGUACACAAGGCUUCUUUUGAUGCCGACGAGGUGGGAAACAAUCCUUGCCAGAGUUGCUGGGACCAUGUUUUGUUCUCUUCCUCACUUGAAAUUAUGCUUCCUUGAAAUCUCAAGCAAAAUUCACAGAAUGGGGUGGGAGUUCUUUUCCAGACCACCCCAGGGAGUCCAGGUGGGGCUUGUCACACUAGAGUAGCACAGCUUUUUGUGGGCAAGAUGCACACGUGUUCUGGUUUUGGCAGAAUGGUUAGCCAUUGCUUGAGGCCAUAGCUUGUCCCCAGACUGUGGGGUACCCAUGGAAGAACCAGAGCCAUGAUGCAGGUGAGUGGAUGAGGCUGGGCACCUGGUUACAUUGGGUUUCCGUCCUUUUGGCAGAUAUUUCAUCGCUCCCUGGAGCCUGUGCCAUGCCCAGGGGAGGGUGGGCAGCGUCCCAAUAGCAAAACAACUCGGGCAGAGCUGCACCCACCCCUAAUUGUGUCUUCCCGGACUGCCCUGCCUCCUCCCUGGACCACCUGGAGGGCCACAUCCACCCACAGUUCUGGCUUCCCUUGCUGGCCCUGUUCCCCACCUCAGGUGGGCAAGGUGGCCUCAAUCCACUUACACACUCAGGUGUCCUUCCUGCAGUGAUUUUGUUUACUUUUAGCCAAACAUUUUGCCUGUUUUCUGUUUCAAAAUGUAUGUGAUAGUUGCUGUGAGGCUGAGAGCUCUGGGUCCUGGAGGGAAAUUGGCCCCCAGAGGAGAGGGGCCAUCUGAUCUCUGGUAGUCCCUGCUUCCCCUGACACCAGCCUCACGGAAUAUCCAGCUCCUGUACCCUAGUCAACACUUUGUCCUGGCAGUGGGGACACCUGGGCCAACAGGUGGUCUGGACCAAAGGUGGAGGGGGCCCUGGGUGGCUGCUCUCGCUCAGACACGAAUACCUCGGUGUCCCCUGUCCCACUGUUAACGUCUCAGCAGAUGUCUUAGCUUUGUACUUGUUGGCGUGUUUUUGAGAGUCUAGGGUCUGCACCUUUGUUUAUAAUAAAUGCAAACAUUUGGA